AUGCCUGUAGCUCCCUGUCAUCCGGGCCCACCACCCGUCCUUUCUGAAGAUUCCCCUUCUCCCGCCACGUGGCCAUCCUUCCGAGCAACGCCAGGGUCGGCGCGGUUCCCUCGUCCCACAACACCGACACAACGCCAGGGUCGCCAUUCAAGUCCACACCAACGUUACGCGGGCCCCACACCCGCCGCCUCCUCUUCCUUCUCCGUCUCCCCCUCGCAGCGUCGCGCCAGUGCCCGUGAUCAGUGCAGGCGGGCGGCGGCAGCUUUCCACCUCCCCUGGCACAGCUCGAUUCCCCUCUCGGUCUCUCCGGCUUCAUCGCAAGCUCGCAUUUGCUUAGCCGCGCGAAGAAACGGCGCCGCCGCGGGCCGCGGCCGGAGGCCCUGCACCCUAAACCCUAGCAAUGAUGAGUUACCAGAGCCCGACGGCCCAGCGGAUGCACGCGGCGCCGCAGCUCCCGGCGGCCGUGGCGCGGAGCUCGCGCGGCUCGAGGCGCGGCUGGGGCAGUGCGCCGACCCGGAUGCGCGGCAGCGGCUCGCGGGGCUCGGCGAGGCGGCGGCGGCGCGGGUGCUGCGCACGGUCGCCGAGUCGCGGACGCCCGUCAAGACGCUCUCCGGCUUCAUCAGGUACCUGGCGGACAAGGCCGAGAAGGAGCUGGAGACGAUGCACCGCAACGCGCGGGACAUCCCUCCCGCCGAGAGCGCCGCCUGUUGCAGCUCCGGCCCUUCGCAGGGAGAUGACUCUGUUUCUGGGCCGCAGUACCAUAGCGAUGAUCAAGUUGAUGUUCAAAGCCCUUACACUGAAGAAAUAGCUUUUCGUCUCUCAAACCAUGCUGGGAGUCCCAGUCAACCGAGGCCUAUCAAUUUGCAAGAUAACUUGGGUCCUGUCAGAGAAAUUGUUCAUGUAGAGCCAAACCUGGCCACGAUGGCAGCUAAUACUCCAUCUGGUCGGGCCUCCUUGCAAAUCCAGGAUGACAUACAGAUUAAUGAUCCUAUCCGAGCAAUGACUCCUGCUAUGAUGCCGGCAACAACCCAGCCCUGGAUGGCAGCCGCGAACCCAUCCUCAAUGACACCUGCUAUGAUGCCGGUUCCAACCCUGCCGUGGAUGGCAGGCGAGAACCCGUGCGCUUGGAUCCCGCUCCUGAACCUGGACUAUGUUCCUACACCUGCGAUGAAUCCUCUGGUAUCAAGCCAGACACCUAUGCAGAUUAAUAGUCCUAUCCAAGCAAGGGCUCCUGAUGUUAUGAUGCAGGGGGGUAGCCCUGGCCAUUGCAUGUCCAUUGGGCUGCAUAACAAUAUGAGGAUUGAAAGCCCCAUACGAAAUGCCCUUCAUACACCUCCGAGAAGUGUUUCCACACCAAGCCCUGUGCGGGAUCUUUCAAGACCUGUUCAGCGAAUGGUUCUUCUGUCAGGAAGCCCACAUAGCCCAGUAUGGGCAAUGGCGCCAAGUUGUGCAACCUAUCAUGCCACAGCAAAUACAUUGAGGGAGAAAGCAAGUCCUCAAAUGCAAGCACUGGAGGAAUUGGAGUUCAUGAAGAGAUUUAUGAUUUGUGCAUACCUUCAUCAGAAGAGGAUAGAAGAUGAACUAUCUGUGGACUAUAUUAGAUCCUUGAAGUACCUUUCCAUGCUUCAUUUUGAGCCAGAAAUCUGGAGAGCAUUUGGUCGCAAGUAUAUAAAAUUUUCAGAUAGAGUGAAGAACCUUGAUUCCGACCCAGGUGCAGCAAGAGUCUACCAUUGUAUUGUAGAGAUAACAGGGGAUUCUGUAGUGAAAGUUUUCAAGGGACCAUAUGUACAAAAUAUGCGGACUCAUUUGCAAAAAAUUGUUGGUGAUGAUAACGUCCUCUUGGUAAAGUUUAUGGGGCAAUCUUCAGAGCCUGUGACUGAUUUUCUACCUUACCAUAAGGUUGCCGAAGAUGGUAUUAUUCUGGGUUUGCGCUGCUACCGUUUUUUUGUUUACAAGGAUGGAGGAAAAGAUGAGAAAAAGAAAGAAGAGAAAAUAAAUUGGGAAAACAAGAACUGCGCUUCAGGCGUGAAAUGCUACUUUGUUCGCACAGAGUCUGGAUGGAAUAUGGAUGAACCUUACAUACUCUCUGGCAAGACAAUCAAUCAGGCUCGCAAACUAUUCAUGCACAUACAUACCGCUCCCACCUUGGCGAAAUAUAUGGCUAGGUUUGCUUUGAUACUAUCAAAAACUAUCACAAUGGAGGUUGAUUUAUCAGCGGUUCAUGUUAUACAGCUUGAUGAUAAACCUUGCAUCGAUGGAUAUGGGGGCAUUCUUGAACGAGAUGGGGAACUCCUGAUCCAUACUGAUGGAACUGGCCUAAUAUCUGAAGAUUUGGCUAAGAAAUGCCCACCAAUUAUGUAUAAGGGAAAACUUUUGAAGCCACAAGAUGUUCAGGCUUGUGAUGAUACACUUAUGCCGUCUCCCCAUUCGAAGAGACAACGGUCUAUCGCCAGUAAACCUCCUCUUCUUAUUCAGUUCCGGAUGUUCUAUAAAGGAUCAGCUGUUAAGGGAACUGCAUUAAUUGACAGAAGGCUUCCUCCUGGAACUAUUCUUGUACGGCCAUCAAUGAUAAAAAUAAAAUCCGAUCCAAAAUUAUGUGGUGUACAGUCCGUUAACUCUUGGGAAUUGAUAAAAAUGAAAGCUGAUCCAAAAUCAUAUUGUGUCCAGUCGGUCAACUCUUUGGAAAUUGUUACGACAAGCACUCAACCAAAAAGGACAUUAACAUCGAAGUACCUGAUUGCACUACUUCGUUAUGGAGGAGUUAAAGAAGAGUUCUUUAUGGAGCUUCUAGAAAAUGCAAUUGAAGGGGCUGAGAACGCUCGUUGUGAUUAUGAGGACGCACUAAACAUUGCAUUUGUCUAUGCAGACAUGGAGGAUUCGCUAUCGGCACGAAUGAUUUUGUCUGGAAUUCCACUAGAUGAUGCAUAUUUGCAGUCCAGGCUGGCUAUCAUGGCUCAACAAGAAAGAAAGGGAAUCAAGCAAGGAAAGCUACCAAUCAGUAAUUGCUUUUAUUUGAUGGGUACAACAGAUCCGACAGGGAAACUCAAAGCCAAUGAAGUUUGUGUGGUCCUUGAGAAUGGACAAUAUUGUGGAAAUGUGCUUGUCUACAAACAUCCUGGGUUACACUUCGGUGAUAUACAUGUCUUGACAGCAAGAUACAUCAAGGAUAUAGAUGAUGUAGUAGGAUAUUCAAGAUAUGCUAUACUUUUCCCUACCUCUGGCCCACGAUCUUUGGCUGAUGAGAUGGCCAAUAGUGAUUUUGAUGGGGACAUGUACUGGGUCUCGAUAAACGAAGAGUUAUUAAAGCAGUUCAAGCCUUCUAACCCGUGGGAAUGGGGCGAAGUAAAUAAACCAAUACAGGCCGAGAAAAAGUGUCUUCUGAAUUUAGACGAACCCCUACUCGAGAGAAGUUUGUUUCAUGAAUUCUUAAAAGCAAGAUUUGCACGCAGUAAUGCACUUGGAACAGCAGCUGAUAGUUGGUUAGUAUAUAUGGACCGACUGUUAACAGAUGGCAUUGAUGAAGAUGAAAAUAGUGUACUAGAAAGAAAGAUAAAGAGGUUGGUUGAUCUUUAUUAUUUGGCUCUGGACGCUCCAAAGGCCGGGACCAAGAUCAAUGUCCCUGCUGAGCUGACAGCAAAAACGUAUCCGCACUACAUGGAUCGAAAGGAAAGCUACCAUUCGACAUCCAUACUAGGAAAAAUUUAUGACGAAGCAGAAAAAAAGCAAUAUGAGAAAGUUGAACCAGUUGAGAUAUCGUUGGACCCGCGCUUCACGGAGAGAGCAGCAUCUUCAGGAUACAAGUACCUGAACCUCUGGACAGGCCGUUAUCGGGAUUACUUGAACGAGAGUGGGCCCCUGAUUGACAAUCAGGACAAGGAAGAAACAGACCUGAAGUUCAAAGAACUCUACCAAAAGUACAAAUACAUGCUCUACGAUGCCGCUGAAUUUGAGCAAACCCAGAGGAACCUUGAUGAAGUGUUCGACGAGGUCUGCACGAUCUACCAGAUCGUCUAUGAGAAAGCAGCGAGGUUUAAGAAGGCUGGGAGAUGCAACUUCGUGUGGAAUGUGGCGGGCCGUGCACUGUGCCGUUUCUAUGCUCUUGAGACCGAGGGCGACAAAGUGCUUGUUCCAUUGACGGUCGCUCGGAAUCUUACCAAAAGGCGUCGAAGGUAGCAGCGAUUCGACGGGCUGUGAAUUUGAUCGACUCCAUGUUGUAUCAAGUAGGUAUAUUGUGGCGGAUAAUAUAUUAGGUGUUGACGUUUCAAACUGCUGGGUUUAGUUUAGUGUAGGCUGUAUUUAUUUGUACCUGCUUCAAACUUGUGGUGUGUGCUGUGCGCUCGAAUCGCGUGUUGGUAUGUACCUCCUUCGUUCUUAAAUAUACCUCUUUUUAGAGGCUCUAGUAAAGACUAGAUAUACAAAUGUAUAUAGAUGUACUUUAAAGUGUA